AUGCUGCUGCACGUCUUGCUGGGUGUGGUCCUUCCCCCCUGCUGCCCUCUGUCGCCUCUGCCGCUGCGGCCGACCUCACUGGUUUUGAGUCGGUCGGCGCGGCGUCUGCCCCCAGCGGCAGACGCCGCUCUGGCAAGAGCAAGGGGGGCAGGGGAGCGGGUGGAGCUCGAGGGGGCGGUGGAGGAGGCGGUGGGGGUGGCGGGGGGAGUGGGGGUGGCGGUGGGGGUGGUGGCGGGAGUGGAGGUACUGGUGGCGGCGGUGGAGGCGGAGGUGGCGGCGGAGGUGGUAGCGGAGGAGGCGGUGGGAGCGGUGGGAGCGACGGUCCUGGUGGGGGAGGUGGCGGUGGAGACGGGGGUGGCGGUGGAGGCGGGGGUGGCGGUGGAGGCGGGGGUCGGAGUGGCUCGUCCCAGCGGAGCAGCUCUGGGGGUGGUGACCGUGCAGGGGAGAGGUGUGGAGGCGCCCACACAGCCCGCCGCUGCUUUGGCCGCCUGA